AUGAACUCCAACACGCACGUCAUUCAGGUGACAAAUGUCUCCCCGAGCACAACGUCCGAACAAAUGAGGACUCUGUUCGGAUUCCUCGGAAAUAUAGAGGAACUGAAGCUGUUUCCACCUGAUGACUCUCCCUUGCCUGUGACUUCACGUGUCUGUUUUGUAAAGUUCCUUGAGUCUGAAUCGGUGGGAGUUUCUCAACACCUGACGAACACCGUCUUCGUGGACAGAGCCUUGAUCGUGGUCCCUUUUGCUGAAGGAGUCAUUCCUGAUGAAUCUAAAGCUAUGUCCCUGCUGGCUCCAGCGAAUGCCGUGGCAGGAAUGAUGCCUGGUGGAGGCCUUCUUCCAACACCCAACCCUUUGGCAUCAAUGGGAGGGACGCCAUUUGGAGGUCUUGGAGCUCCCAACAUGGAGCAAAUGGCUGCCAUGGGAAUGCCGGGACCAAACAUGAACCCCCAGGCUCUCUCUGCUGACUUCCUGAAGCUCAUGCAGUCCAUGGACCCCAAAUUGAAUCCAUUAGCGGCUGGACUGAACUUGAAUCCAGGACUCAAGACUGAUGCCUCGAAUAAGGAGAUUGAAGAGGCCAUGAAGAGAGUCCGAGAGGCCCAGUCUCUCAUUUCUGCAGCCAUUGAACCAGGAAAUAAGAAAGAUGACAAGCGUAAACAUUCCCGCUCCCGUUCACGGUCUCGGCGCAGACGGUCCAGAUCUCGCUCGAGACACAGACGUUCGAAGAGCAGGUCUCGGCGGAGGUCCCAUUCAAGGAGUAGGAGGAGGUCCAAGAGCCCACGAAGGAGGAGAUCUCACUCCCGGGAUAGAAGCCGCCGCAGUAGAUCGAGGGACAGGAGAAAGGAGGAAAAGUCAAAGAAAAGGUCCAAGACGCCCCCCAAGAGCUACAGCAGUGCCAGGAGGUCUCGAAGCAUCAGUCGGAGGCACAGGCGAAGCCGCAGUGCGUCUCGCUCCCCCAGGAGGAGGCUGUCCAGGUCUCCAUCACCCAGACGUCACAAGAAAGAGAAGAAGAAGGACAAGGAUCGUGAGAAGGACCGGGAUAGAGAAAGGAGGGAGGACAGGGACCGGAGCAGAGACGAAAGAGAACGCUCCACUAGUAAGAAGAAGAAGAGCAAGGACAAGGAGCGAGAUCGAGACCGCAAGUCUGAUAGUGAGAAAGGAGACGUUAAGGUGACUCGGGAUUAUGAUGAGGAGGAACAAGGUUAUGACAGUGAAAAAGAAGGAGAGGAGGAGGACGACGAGAGGAAGAGCGACUCUGACUCUGCUUCAUCUCCCAAAGGCCAGGAGGAGAUGGAGAGAUCAGAGGGCCAAAUUCCCAAAAAGUCCAAACUAAAUGGAGACGAUCACCAUCAGGAAGACAUGGAGAUGAGCGAUUAAGAACGUCCCCGAGACCGAACCAGACCGCGUUAUCUUUCCACUGUCCUUUUAUAUUUUUAAUAUAGGCCACAAUAUGUCUGUGCCUGAUCACUCAGAGUUAAAAAAUGGUUUGUUGUCUUAACUGUAGAAGCCUUGGGGAGGGGAGGGGGUGUAGAAGGAAAGCAGUCAAAUAAUUUUUGUAAAAACAUGAGUAAACAAGGACUAAAAUAUGAAUAACUUGAGACAUGGUUUUAAAUUGUCAUUGCUGUACUUUUUAAGAUCCUGUUGGUUUUUCUUUUUGUCGCCUUUGUGUUCAAACUUUAUCUUCCUGACAGUAGAAUACACAGCACUUUCAAAUUAAGUGCUGUGUCUGUAAAUAUUUUACUAGUUGGGAUUGAAUCCUUUCCUCAGACUGUUAGUCACUCACCACCUGGCACCAGCUUCAUGUUUGUUUGUUUUUUCUUUGGGUUGCUGAACCAUUUUUGCUUCAACUGUGAUGCACCCAGUCGUGUUUCAGCUGACCUUCCUAUUUACAGCCCUUUGUAAGUGUACACUGUAGAUUGAAAUGUGUUGCAAUGAAAUACUUUGUCUGCAAUAGGUUUUCCAAAGGAAACUAAUAAAAUUGGGUCAAACUGUCAA